AUGAACCAUAAAAUACCGCAUCAAAACGCUGUGCCAUCAUCUGCACCGUCUGCCAUCCCCUUGCCCCGUCCCGUCACCAUGGGGCGCAAGCGAGCAGCCCUCCCCUGCCUGCUCUCCCCCACCCCCAGCACCUCCCCUUUGGGCUUUGGGGGCGGAGGGGAUGGGUCCAGCGCCACUUUCAAGAUGGCCCUGCUUGGCCUCACUCCCCGUCCCCUCACCAUGGGGCGCAAGCGCGCAGCCCUGCCCCGCCUGCUCUCCCCCAGCACCUCCCCCUUGGGCUUUGGGGGCGGAGGGGAUGGGUCAAUCGCCAUAUUCAACACAGCUCCCCUUGGCCUCACCCUGCCCCGCCUGCUCUCCCCCAGCACCUCCCCCUUGGGCUUUGGGGGCUUUGGGGGCGGAGUGGAUGGCUCCAGCGCUACUUUCAAGAUCGCCCUGCUUGGCCUCGCUGCCUGCCUCUUCUGCCUGCUUAUCCUCGUUAUAGUCGUCCUCUUUGCCCUGCUCAUCAGCAUGAGGUGGUCGUCUGCUGACGUGGCCGCCAGCCUGGCAGCGCGAGAGUCGCUCACUGCUGAGUCGCUGAGAGGGAGGAAGGCGCAUCCUGGCAUGGUGGUGGUAAAUCAACAAGGCAUGGUGCCCAAUACCACCGCUGCUGCAGGCAGUAGCAGCUCCCAAAAUCCAAGCAAAAGGUCUAAUAACGAGGAUGGUGCAGCUAAUAACGAGAAUAAAGAUCCAGCCGGCGGUGCUGACGAGGAUGAGGAUGACGAUGACGAGGCGGGCGGCGGGGGGCUGUCGAGCCGGAGGAAGGAAGGUGCACGGAAGCUUCAGCAGUGGAGGGAGUUCUUCAAAGGAGUGGUAUUGGUGCUGCACUUUUCCAGGCCAGUGCGAGCAUGGCAAACAUUGGAGUUCUGGCGCCACGUGUACGGCCACGUGUUUGACGAUUUCGUGGCGGUGUCAACAGAAGCAAUCCCCGAGCUGGGGGUCAUUGCGAACAAAAUCUGGUACCUAAACUCUUCCAACCCGAACCAUCUCCUCACCCUCCCCCUCGACCAACCGCCCUCCGCGCCCAUCCGCACCGCUCUGGACCCCUCGGAUCUCCCCACCCACAUCUCCACAUCGCUCUCGCACCUCUCUGAAUCCCUCCGAGCCCAGCUGGACCGCUCUCUCUGGCCCCGCCACCAGUCCUUCCCCCUCGCCGCCUGCCCCUCAUCGGCCUUCUUCAUCCCACAGAGGCUUGUGUUCCUUCCCAUGCGGCUGGUCGACUCGGCUGCUCUGCACGUCAUUGCUGUACACAGUGUGGGCCCUCUGGUUAAAACAGGCCGCCUCCCCUCAUCGGCCUUCUUCAUCCCACAAAGGCUGGUAGAUUCUGCUGCUCUGCACGUCAUCCCCGUGUUUGCCGCUGAGGCCAUACCUGCUCAGGUCGCCCCCCCCUCAUUGGCCUUCUUCAUCCCACAAAGGCUGGUGGACUCGGCUGCUCUGCACGUCAUCCCCGUAUUCGCUGCCCAGGCAAUACCUGCUCAGAGGCUGGUAGACUCUGCUGCUCUGCACGUCAUCCCCGUGUUUGCUGCCCAGGCAAUACCCGCACAGGUUGCCUCCCCCUCAUCGGCCUUCUUCAUCCCACAGAGGCUGGUUGAUUCUGCUGCUCUGCACGUCAUCCCUGUAUUCGCUGCCGAGGCAAUACCUGCUCAGAGGCUGGUGGACUCUGCUGCUCUGCACGUCAUCCCCGUGUUUGCUGCUGAGGACAUACCCGCUCAGGUCUCUUCCCCCGUCUUUGCUGCCGAGGCAAUACCCGCACAGGCACGCGUGUGUAUAUUCCUUCCCACCACAGGCAUGUGUGCUAUGGUUGAUUUUGUGCGGAAGGAGACGACUUUUGAGACGUCUCAAAGGUUGAUUUAA